UCCAUUCCAUCUAUCCGCCUCUUCACAGAUCCUGCAACCUCAGAUCCGCGACUUUUCGAACCCUAAAUCACUCUUUCUUCAACUCAUAAUGCAACCUUCAUUUCAGGGAGAUGAUGCUGGUAGGGUUGUGUUGUAUUCUUGAAGAAAAUAGUUGGGUUUUUUUUCAUUUCGUUUUUCUGACAUUGGGGAAAAAAGCUAAUUGUGGGAAGUGAGUUUCUGCUUCGGUGGAUUAUGGGUUGUGUUUGUGGCAAGCCAUCCGCCAUUGAAGAUAGCAGAGAGAGUCCAAGGGAUAGAUAUGGCAAUAAAAUUUCAUCGGAAUUACGGGUCCCUAGGGUUACAUCAUCAAGAAGAGAGGUUUACCGGGUGAAAACCCAAUCAGAUAAUAGUGAUGGUGGAUCAAUGCUGAUAGAUAAACAAGUUAAUGGCUCGAUUAGAUUGCCAGCCGAGAAUUUUGAGAGAAAAAGAGAUAAACCAGAAACCAUUGUUUCUACACACCAUCCAUCCAUGGGAAGUGUUCCUAGAGCAACUGAAGGAGAGCAGGUGGCCGCUGGUUGGCCGCCAUGGCUAGCGGCAGUUGCUGGUGAAGCUAUUAAAGGAUGGGUGCCCAGGAGAGCAGAUUCUUUUGAGAAAUUGGACAAGAUUGGACAAGGUACAUAUAGUAAUGUUUAUCGGGCUCGUGAUCUUGAUCAGGGAAAGAUUGUUGCUUUAAAGAAAGUAAGAUUCGACAAUCUGGAACCCGAGAGUGUACGGUUUAUGGCCAGGGAAAUUCACAUUCUACGCAGGCUUGAUCAUCCAAAUGUUAUAAAAUUGGAAGGUCUUGUGACAUCUCGGAUGUCAUGCAGUUUGUAUCUUGUUUUUGAGUACAUGGAACAUGAUCUUGCAGGGCUUGCUUCUCACCCUGCUCUUAAGUUCACAGAAUCACAGGUUAAAUGCUACAUACGGCAGCUCUUGCACGGACUUAAUCAUUGUCACAGUCAUGGUAUUCUUCAUCGUGACAUAAAAGGGUCAAACCUUCUAGUUGACAAUAAUGGCGUUUUGAAGAUUGCCGAUUUUGGACUGGCAAGCUUUUUUGACCCUCAUCAGAGUCAACCAUUGACAAGCCGUGUUGUGACUUUAUGGUAUCGACCGCCUGAACUUUUACUUGGUGCGACCUAUUAUGGCAUCGCUGUUGAUUUAUGGAGUACUGGUUGCAUAGUUGCUGAACUAUAUGCCGGCAAGCCGAUAAUGCCCGGAAGAACUGAGGUGGAACAGCUGCACAAAAUUUUCAAGCUUUGUGGCUCUCCAUCGGAGGAUUAUUGGAAAAAAUCAAAAUUGCCUCACGCCACCAUUUUCAAGCCCCAACAACCUUAUAAACGGUGUGUUGCAGAAACAUUUAAGGAAUUUCCGGCACCAGCAUUAGCUCUUAUGGAGACCCUCCUCUCUAUAGAUCCCGCUGAUCGUGGAUCUGCAGCUUCGGCCUUGAAGAGUGAGUUCUUCGCUACAAAACCUCUUCCCUGUGAUCCUUCAAGCUUGCCAAAGUAUCCUCCGAGUAAGGAGUUUGAUGCUAAAAUGCGGGAUGAAGAAGCUCGGAGGUAUGUGUUGAACGGACAAGCUGCGGCUGGAGGCAAGGUUCACCGACCUGAUGCUGAAAGGAGAGGCACAAGGGAGUCUCGAGCCAUUCCAGCACCUGAAGCUAACGCGGAACUUGUAGUCUCCAUGCAGAAAAGACAAGGGCAGUCCUACUCUCGUAGUGAGAAGUUCAACCCUCAACAGGAAGAAUCCGCUUCUGGCUUUCCGAUUGAUCCACCGAGACCUUCUCAAACUGAGGAAGAGCAAACCAACAAUCUGCAUAAAAGAGCUUCACAUUCUGGGCCAUUGGUGCAGCGACCCGCCUGGUCAAAAGUUGGAAAAAAGAUUGAUUCAAACGGUUCUGAUUUAUCAGGUUCAUUAGCUGCUAGAAAAAGUAUGUUGUGUGAAGAUCGAAGGGACAGGGACAAAUCCGGAACUUCACAGCAGCAGCAUCCGAGACUAAUAAGCAGAUUUCCCGGAUCCCUUAAAGAGGCUUCUUCACAUGGUGCUGGCCAGCCCGACGAUGAUGGAAGAUCAAGCAAUAAAGAUCCAAUUUCUCUCGGGUAUGGAUCGAAGGGCAGCAAGAUUCACUACUCGGGUCCACUACUAGCUCCGGCUGGGAAAAUGGAUCAGAUGCUGAAAGACCAUGAUCGUCAAAUUCAAGAUGCGGUGAGGCGAGCACGAGAUAAGACCAAGGUGAGAAAAGUUCAGGCCGAGAACACAUUCUUUUCGGGUCGCUGACGUCAACAUGGAUGAUCAUCAAGAAGUUGUAGGCAAAAAUAUUCUUGUAUAAUGAAAUGAGCCAAAUGCUUUCACCCCUCUUCUUCUGUAUAGUGGCUGAACGAACCGUGGUCCCCAUACUUGUAUUCUUUUCUCUUCUUGGUCGGGUCGGGUCGGGUCAGGAGAGGAGGGGUUCGACCCAUUUCCCUCGUUGUUGAUGUAAUGUAAUCUGUAUUAUUAAGCAACUGUGGUUCUGAAGAUUAAUCUGGGUUUGAAAUCUAUACCCAUUUUGUUAUUCUUUAGAUGGGAGCUUUGAAACUUGGUAGGGAUUCUGGUAAAUUACGUUUUUCAUCCCCGUGGUUUGU